AUGUCACUUUCAGAGCAGACCUCUGGGCUGUCCAGGCGACUGUCUUCCCAGAGUGGGGCACUGGGCAGAGCCAGGGGCACGUCUGCUUCCAGUGUUGGAAGUGGCUAUGGGGGAAGCACACUUGGCUUUGGAGGCAGCUAUGAGGGAGGUUUUUCUGCUGCUUUCAUGUUUGGUUCUAGUUCUGGCUUAGGUGGUGGCUUUGGAAGUUCUUUUGCGGGAGGACUGGGCCCUGCUUGGGGAGGCCUGGGCAGUGGCUUUGGAGGCCUGGGGAUUGGAUUGGGGGGAAGCUCAGGAGAUGGCUCUCUAGGUGUUCUCUCUGGCAAUGAUGGAGGCCUUCUUCGAUCAGAAAAGGAAACCAUGCAAAAUCUUAAUGACAGAUUGGCUUCCUACCUGGAUAAGGUCCGAGCUCUAGAAGAAGCUAAUACUGAGCUAGAAAACAAAAUUCGAGAAUGGUAUAAAACAUGAGGAUCUGGGAGAAGACAGAAUGAUUACAGUAAAUAUUAUCCAUUGAUUGAAGACCUCAAGAAUAAGAUCAUGUCUGCCAGCAUUGGAAACAAACACCCAGCUCAUCUUGCAGAUGACAAUGCAAGACUGGCUGCCGAAGACUUCAGAAUGGAGUACAAGACGGAGCAGGCCCUGUGCAUGAGCGUGGAGACUGACACCAGCCUGCACAGAGUGCUGGACGAGCUGACCCUGGCCAGAGCCGACGUGGAGACGCAGCUCAAGAGCCUGAAGGAAGAGCUGGCCUACCUGAGAAAGAACCACGAGGAGGAGCUCCAAGGCUGCCGAUCUGACUGCCCAGACCAGGUCAGUGUAGAAAUGGAUGCUGCCCCCAGAGUGGACCUCACCGGGCUCCUCAGCGACAUGAGGGCGCAGUAUGAAACCAUCUGUCAGCAGAACCGUAAGGGGGAAGCCUGGUUCAUUAAAAGCGGGGAGCUCAGGAAAGAGAUCAGCACCAACAGGCAGCUUCAAUCCAGCAAAAGCGAGGUCACUGAACUGAGGCAAGCCUUUCAGAACCUGGAGGUGGAGCUCCAGUCUCAGCUCGCCAUGAGGAAAUCCCUGGAGGACUCCUUGGCCCAAACCGAGGGUGACUACUGCGGCCAGCUGUCCCAGGGGCAGCAGCUCAUCGGCAGCCGGCAGGAGCAGCUGUUCCAGGUACUCGGGGACACCUAGCGCCAGAACACAGACUACCAGCGGCUGCUGAACGUCAAGGCCCGCCUGCAGCGGGAGAUGGAGACCUACCGCCGACUGCUGGACAGGGAGGCCCAAGGAGAUGGUUUGAAGGAAAGUUCAUCUGUGACAGACGCUAAAUCUCAAGUACAGUCCCUUGAUUCCUCCAAAGACCCUAUCAAACCCCGAAAAAUCAAGACAAUUAUCCACAAAGUGGUGAACGAUGAGAUGGUCUCAUCCCAAGCUCAGGAACUCGAACAACUCAUGUAA